AUGGGGUGUCCAGGACGGAAACCGUUAUCUGAGACCCAGGCGAGGCGGGGUGGCCAUCCCCCACCAGGGUGGCCUUGGGUCCAAGCGGAUGGAACAACUCCUGGGGGGGGGGCGGGACUCCAUCCCCCCAACACGCCGCGCCCCCAGCCUCCGCCACCGGCUGCCGCGCACCUGCACAGCCUGCGGGGCACCUGCCUGCCUCCCCGGGACGCGCCCCGGCCCCCCGGCCCCCCGGCCCCCCGGACCUCACCUCCCCCCGCAGCCCUCCCCGGCCCCCUCCGCCCCCCGCCCCCCUGCGGCGUCGAGCAUCCCGGUGCCCCCCGUCCCCCCGCUCCUCGCAUCCCGCUGUCCCCGGAGCACCGGCCUGCCCCGGCCACGACGUCCUCCUCGGACCGACGCCAACGGACACUCCGCGGGGGCCGGGAGGGGCCAGGCCUCCGCCCCGGGUGCACCAGCCCCCCCCCCCCCCCCCCGCGGCUCCAUCCCUGCCCCGGCCAGAGCUGCUCCAGCGUCCCGACACCGGGCCUGUGGUUGCAGGGCCUGCGCCGAGAGCCGGGGGCGGGGGGGGGGGGGACAGGCCACCAGCACCUUGCCAGGCCCGGGGGAGACGCCGUGGGGCCGGGCUCGUGGCCCAGGGUCGCACCUGCAGAGCCGCGGGGUCAGCAGGGCGGCCUCGGGGGUCGCGUGGGGGGUCGGUCGGGGCCCCGGGGCGCAGGCAGCCUUGGUGGGGCCUCGGCGGGAAGGGGGCCCCCGCCCGGCAGCUCUCCGACCCCCGCCUGGGCCCCUUGCCUCUGGGGCUCCCGCCGCGUGGUCCCGGCGCCAGGUGACGACCCCAACCUGCACCGCCGCAGGCCCAGCCCUGUAGGGCCCGGAGGGCGGCUGCCCCGGGGCGCUCGGGUCACUCCCCACGAGGCGGGUGGCCCAGCGGCUGCAGCAGGAGGACGCAGCCGGCUGCCCAAGCGCACCUCUGUGCACCUGUCGGUGCCAAUCGAGGGCAGCAGUGUACUGUCUGCUGCGUGGAAGCAGCCAGGUCGUGGGGCAGCGUGCUGGGGCGGGGGGGACUUGGAGCAGACCCUUGACCCAAAGUGGACGGGCCUCGAGGCGACAGCUGGUGGCUGCUGUAGGGAGGGCUCAGGGUCUGCGGAGAGGCCAUGGGCCAGGGUGUCCCUGCGGUGGUGCUGGAAGGCCCAGCCACGAGGCCUCUGUGACUGCACCUGCCUAGAAGCGGUCUCUAACCUGCUGAGGAUCCGGCUCCAGCACAUCCCAAGGCAGAGGCUGGAAACGCCACCGGGUGUCCUCGAGGCAACAUUUACUGGUAGUAAAAUGUGA